AUGGUGCUCCCCGACGGUCGGUCCCUUGACGGCAACGAGGCCAUCGACACCACCGCCGCCGCCGCCGCCGCCGCCGCCGGCAGCCACUUCACAGCACACAGGGGCGCUGGUCCCCUUCUCGGAGUGGCGGCUAUCCUUUUUCUCUACCUUCUCUACAAGCGCUCAUUACCGAAAGCAAUCCCCGGAAUCCCCCACAACGCCGCCGCCGUCGCCUCCAUCCUAGGCGACAUCCCCUCGUUCCAAGAGGGCAUCCGCCGCACCGGCGAGCUCAACCUGUGGCUCCUCGAACAGGCCGACCACUUCGCCUCCCCGCUCUUCCAAGUCUUUAUCAAGCCCUUCGGCAAACCUAUCGUCGUUCUCAACGACUUUCGUGAGAUCCGAGACAUUAUGAUGCGCGGUAAAGAAUUCGACCGCUCCUCCAUAACCGCUGAUUACAUGGAGGGCUCCGCCGGCAAACAACAUACCCACAUGCCCACAGGCCCCGAAUGGAAACAGCACCGCCGCCUUCUGCAGAACAUCAUGUCCCCUCAGUUCCUUAAUGAUGUUGCCGUCCCGACGAUCUUCGACAGCGCGCUUCGCCUCAUACGCUUGUGGGAUGACAAGGCCCGCAUUGCCGCCGGCCAUCCCUUCCCUGCGGAGAUGGAUAUCCACUAUGCCACGCUGGAUGCCGUCAUGGCCUUCACGUUCGGUGGCGACUUUGAACACAGGGCGACGCAGCCGACUAUAGAGCGCCUGCAGGGUCUGGGUGCUGAGGACGUCAAGCGUCUUCUGAGUGGUGGCGGCGGCGGCGGGGGCGGCGGUGCCGAUAAGGACAACGAUGCGCCGGUUAUGUUUCCCAAGGGGGAUGUCGACGAGAGGAUUCAGGCAACGCUCUAUAUCCCCGCGUCCGCUUCGCAGCUGCGAGAGUCACCCAUGCCGCGACUCAAGUGGUGGUUCGUCCAGAAAAAAGCAGCUGUGCGUCGGGCGUUCCGUAUUAGAGACAUGUUUGUUAGCGAAGAAAUUAGUAAGGCGCUGAAGAAGCUACAAGAUGUCGGCGUAGGGGAGAGAAGGGUCCACUCAGCCGUCGAGCUGAUCGUGUUACAGGAGAAGAAGAUGGCGGAGCAGGAUGGCAGGGCGCCCUCCUACUUUUCCGAGAUGAUGAUUCAUGAGAUCUACGGCGUCAUCAUCGCAGGCCUCGAUACAACAAGCACAACUAUGUCCUGGGGCGUCAAG